AUGGCACCGAAGCCGGCUCUGGGCUGGGAGAUUAUCGACAGGAAGGGCCACUGGCAAAGACUUCAUGUCGAACCUUAUAGCGAUGGCGAACAGCGACAGUGGCCAGCAAAGCCGUAUCGCCCUAGUUCAGAAGAGCGGUACUUGAUCUCGCUGGCCAAAGCCUGGGCCCAAAAGCUAGGCGUUGAGCAACCAGGCGUUGAGUACUACCUCGACAAACUUCCCGAUGGCUAUGCUCUCUUCGAAUUACCUCAAUUAAAAGCUGGACACAUCUACAAACGACUAUUUGGCCAUCCAAGCGGCAAGUACUAUGACUCGACCUUGCGCUUUCAGCCCCAUUUCUUAUGGUUGAUGUCCGGCAUGGAAGGAGACUGCGCAUGUAUCCACUGCGGAAAUUUCAAACGAGAAGGCCCGAUCAAGCAUAGAACGCGACAUCCUGCCGAGAAGAAGUCUCUGGGUGCCCGGGAGAAAAGAAAAUCGCAGCUGCUGUACGACAGUGAUAAUUCAUCAAGAUCAAAUUCUAUCGCCGGCCCGAACGCUACUGGCACAUCCACGAGGCCUCAACGUCAAGUCAGAACAGCUGGUGCGCCUUACGCUCAGGACGAAGAAGGGACCGAGGAUGUUUACAAGCUGCAGCUCAAGACUUUAGAAGCCCACAGAGAGAGUAAAAAAGGGAUCGAGGACGAUAUCCGCGAACCCAACUCGAUCGAUUGGAGGGCGGAACACUCUUGGCCGCCACCAAACCCGCAAGAUUGGUUCGGAGUCGAUUUACUUCAGCAGAGCCUCACUGCGAUUGAACAUCAGCACUCUUUCGUUCCGCGAGUGGGUGAGCUCGUGCUCUUUUGUCCUACAUUUCUUGAUCAGCACUAUCUGAUGCUGGACGAACGAACGCAGGAGUACAAGUUCUACUCCUUCAAACAGAAGUGCUUCCAUGGAUUUCCCACAUGGCGAGCUGGUGUGAUUGCUGCUAUUCCUUCGGCUACUGCAGCUGAUGGACCGGUGGAUUUCACCGACAUUCAAGAUAUCCCAAAGAAAUCCAACAGUCUAAAUACCGGCGGCUUUCGAGUCGAGACCUUCCCUGAUCCAAACAACGAACAAGAUAAAACGGCAUCGAAACAGUACAAAUACCUGCCGCUACGCAACAUACGACCACUCAGCCACUGGCACUUGUUGCUUCGAGGCAUCCCGAGAACAAAGUGGCACCCAUCGAUCGAACACGCUCUGACCUGCAUGACUAGUAUUUCUCUGUUAGAGAAGUUCUACUUUAAGGGAGACUGGGAAAAGGACAAAACGGGUACCAAGAAACCCCAGGCGAGUAUACGAUGCAAGGGCGUCUAUAUCGGCGCCGAGUUAAUCACGAUCGGAGAUACGGUACGGAUUCUGCCGGAGACGAAGGAGGUGGCUUGUACGGAUGUCUUAGUUGUCGAGUCUAUUCGCCUACAUCUACGAGACAUCACGCCUGACCACUUCUUACCAGACUCACCUUUACUGUCAACACAAUCUUACAUUACCCUCGUUGGUAAAGCAUACACGACUGACAGAAACCGCUACUUCCAGAAGAACCCGCAUGCGCAAGCACCCGCUCCCGCCAUUAAAAUAUCUCCAGAAGAAGUUAAGACGACCUUCCGACCUGUUGGCUCUCCACUAUACGGUCCUUGGUACGCCCUUCACGCUCCUCAAAACCGGUACGAAAUCUCUCAUGACCAGAUACUGGGAAGACUAUAUGAAGGUGCAGCAGUACAACUGUGGACAGGCCUAUUGCAGAGAAAGCCCACCAACGGCGAGAAGUACAUCAAGCCAGUCUUGGACUACGACUUGCAAGGCAUUCAAGAAGGUCGCGUCUAUGCGACCCAUGCCGACGAACGUCUUAAUGAGUCACAUGAAGAACCAUUAGUCUGGUUCUGGGCUGACACGCGCGCUGAGGCCUUGGACCUACAAAGUAUUAACGGGGUUGAAGUGGGCAGGUACGAUAAAGUUCGAGAUAAAGACACCUUGGAACUUUGGAAGACGCAUUUGAGGAUCCUUAAUGGCCAGCAAAUCUCGAUCGACAAUAUCUCCAAAAGUUUCACGAAUUUUGACUCUCUUGACUCCAUCUUGGGUCUUAAGAAGCGUGGCAGGAAAGCUGGAGCUCGAGUCAUCAAUAACAAGGUGUACUAUCCGGGUGAUGCGGGAUAUGAUGACCCAGAUCAGGAAGGUGAAAGCGCGGUACAGCUCACACCAAGCAAGCACAAGGGGAGCCAGAUGGCCGGCGCGGCUCUUGUCUCGACUGAAGAAGAGGAUAGUGAUGAAGAAGCUUUCAUGGAGGCUCAGGAGGAUUGGGACCUACCAGUCGAAGCACGAUCAGAAAGCCCUGCACCGGUCCGACCUGCCCUACUAAUGCCUAAGCCGAAGAGAAUGAAGACCAAAGCUGAAAUCAUGGCAAGUGCAGCCGACGAGCAGUCAUUCUCUGACGAUGACGAUGAGCUGUUUGCGCCGCUACCCAUACGAGGGGGAACGGAGGAAACCGAGGGCGGUGACUACGACCCGGGAGUUGAUGAUGACUAG